AUGUAUCAUCCAAAAAAUCCAUAUCUGCACCUAUACCCUCCACCACCGCAUCCACCGCCGCCCAAAGAUCUCUCAUCUUCACCGGAUCCCCGUCGAUCCCUACAGUUUCGUGAAUUUCAUAAGAAACAUUUUGUCAACAAUAGGGAAUUUUUUCAAUUUGCGUUGAAUCCAAAACCGUUCAACUCUCAAAGGACAGAUUGUGCAGGGGCUUUUGAUUGGAACCAAAAUGGAUAUGGAUGGAAUGAAUACGAGGGGUAUUAUGGCGAGGAGGGGAAUGAAGAAUGGAUAGGGGAAGAGGGAGAGUAUGACGAAUGGGACGGCGAAGUAUGGAAGGAAGAAGGAGAAAAUGAAGAAGAGGGAAAAGUGGAAUUUGUACUGAGCGAUGAAAUGAUUGCUAUGUUUCGAUUUUCCGAGUUGAGAAGAUUAAAACAAAAAUCUUCUCUAGAAAAGAAAUCUUCAUCCGGAAACCGUUCGUCUACAUCUCCGUCGUACGCAACCUGCGAACCCGAUCCAUCAAUAUUAUCAUCAAGCUUGUCCGCUACCGAAGCCCAAGAACUCUAUGGAGAUUCAUAUCCGACCAUUAAAACAUUGGAGGCAGCAUUAAAUGAUUCUUUUGUGAGGAGUUGUGAUACGGGUGGAGAAGAAUCGGUAGUAUAUUGGCCAGUGUUGCCUAUGAGAUUCGUAUGA